AUGCUCUGCACAAUAGACCACUUCCCGCGCUCGUCUCUGCUCAAAGCCGUCGUCGUCCUAGCCAGCCUGGCCGGCUUGCUCCGCACCAUAGCGACGAUUUCCACCUCCCGACGACAUGAAAGCCACCGGCACAUCCUCCCAAACUUGAUACGCGACUGCGCAGCCCCGGCCAACGCCUCUGGGACCGGCCGCAUCCCCAACAUCGUCCACCAGACCUGGAAGACGAGCGACGUGUCGACGUACCCCAUCCCCGCCUCGCGCGACGCGUGGAAGGCGCAGCUGGCUUCCCUGCCGUUCCAGGUAACGCUCUGGUCCGACGACGACAUCCGCACGCUCGUCCGCGACGAGUACGCCUGGCUGCUCCCGACGUACGACGGGUACGCGCACGACAUCCAGCGCGCCGACCUGGCGAGGCUGGUCAUUGCCCACGCCCGCGGCGGCAUAUACGCCGACCUGGACGUCUACCCCGUCGAUGCCCGCGCCAUCGUGUGCCUGCAGCGCCUCGGCCUGCAGGCCAUCUUCGCCUCCACGUCCGGCAACCAGGGGGCCAGCAACCACUUCUUCAUGGCGGAGAAGGGGUCCGACCUUCUCAUGCGGGCGCUGCGCGAGGCGGAGCGCCGGGCCGCCGCCGCGACCUGGUUCCUCGUGCUGCCGUACCUGAGGGUGUUUUGGUCGACCGGCCCGCUCAUGGUCAUGUCCGUGGCCCGCGAGUACACGUUCGGGCGCGAGGCGGCCGUCCUGGGCGUGAUAGACCAGGCCUACGGGAACUCCAUCUUCCACCACGCAGCCGGCAGGUCGUGGCAGGGGCUUGACGGGAGGUUUCUGAAUUACGUCGGCGACCACGGGCCGUUGCUGCUGGUGGCUGUGCUGGCGCCGCCGGUUGCGGCGACCUUGGUGGUGAUUGUGUACGUCGUGGCGAGCCGCUCGCGCGCAAAGGCAAGAUAG